CACCGCGACCUGCACUGGCUCAACGUCCUGGUGAAACCUACAAAACAGGAAAAGCUGCGCUAUCGCGUGGGCGGCGUCAGCUAUGCCGUACAAACUGAAGGUAUCCACGUGUGCAUCAUUGAUUUCACUGUAUCCCGUCUCUGUCAUGAGGGUAAUAUUGUCUACGUGGACAUGUCUAAGUCGCCCGAGGUAUUCGAAUGUGAAGGCGACUAUCAGUUCGACAUCUACCGCAUGAUGCGAGACAUGAACGGGUUAUCCGAACUUGCGGCCCUGCGCGACACCGUGCUUUCUGGCAGUUACAAAUCAGCCACACAACUCGUCAACCUCAGUUUCUACUUCGAUACUUGUCGCAUAGAUUAA